AUGCCAAGGGCUAACUCCACGUUUGUGACUGAAUUCCUCUUUGAAGGCUUCUCCAGCUUCAGCUGGAAGCACAGGCUUGUCUUCUUUGUUGUUUUUCUAAUGCUGUACCUGCUGACGCUGUCAGGCAACGUGAUCAUUGUGACUAUUAUUCGCCUGGACCGUCACCUCCAUACGCCCAUGUACUUCUUUUUGAGCAUGCUCUCCAUCUCUGAGACCUGCUACACUGUGGCCAUCAUUCCCCGUAUGCUUUCUGGCCUCCUGAAUACUUACCAGGCCAUAGAUAUACAAGGCUGUGCAACCCAACUUUUCUUUUAUCUAACUUUUGGCAUCAACAACUGCUUCCUGCUCACAGCAAUGGGAUAUGACCGCUAUGUGGCCAUCUGCAACCCUUUAAGGUAUUCAGUCAUCAUGAGUAAAAGGGCCUGUAUCUACUUGGCAUAUGGGUCCCUAGGCAUUGGCCUUAGCAUGGCCAUUAUCCAGGUGACAUCAGUAUUUGGCCUGCCCUUUUGUGAUAGUUUUGUCAUCGCCCACUUCUUCUGUGAUGUGAGGCCUCUGUUGAAGCUGGCCUGCACAGAGACCACUGUCAAUGAGAUCAUCAACUUUGUAGUCAGUGUCUGCGUCCUUGUCCUUCCCAUGGGCCUGGUCUUCAUCUCCUAUGUCCUGAUUAUUUCCACCAUCCUUAAAAUCGCAUCUACUGAAGGUCGGAAGAAGGCCUUUGCUACCUGUGCCUCCCACCUCACAGUGGUCAUCAUCCACUAUGGCUGUGCCUCAAUAAUCUACCUGAAGCCCAAGUCACAGAGUUCCCUGGGACAGGACAGGCUCAUCUCAGUGACUUACACUGUCAUCACCCCUCUCCUGAACCCUGUGGUGUACAGCCUGAGGAACAAGGAGGUCAAAGAUGCUCUACGCAGGGCCUUGGGCCAUAAACCUCUUUCAACCUAA